AUGGAUGACGAUGAAGAUGCUGUCUUCUACUUCGAACUGGCAAGUGGCAAGAAGCAAAAGUCGGGCAAUCUCAAGCCCCAGCAACUGAUUGAGGAGCCCAUGAUUCAAGCGAUCCUUCAGGCCAUCCGGACAUUAUCGACGAAAGUCCAGGCGCGAAGAUUGUGUCUGUCUCAGAGCUGCUCUGGCCACUAG